AUGGAGCGACUACCUCUGCACCGAGAACCACACGGACUAUUUGUGUUGCACGAGUCCGGCCAGGGCCGUCAGUCUUGCAAGAUUGAUAUCGUUGCCCUCCAUGGCCUAGGAGGAGAUGCCUUCCGAACAUGGUCUGACUCGGCUGGCCACCUCUGGCUACGAGACUCCCUGCCCAAGCUCAUUCCGGAGUCGCGUAUCAUGUCUUAUGGCUACGACUCCGCAGCCGUCUUCAGCAACUCUCAGUUGACCUUGGAGGGCUUCCCUCUCGGGCUACUUUCUUCGCUUGAGUCCAAAAGACAAGAUGCAGACGUGGCGUCACGACCCAUCGUCUUUAUUUGCCACAGUCUGGGCGGGCUGUUAUUCAAGCAAGUUCUCAUCACAGCGACUCUGAGCGGUGCGGAAUACAGUGAUAUUGCCAAGAGCAUCCGCGGUGUUGUAUUUAUGGGUACUCCCCACCGAGGAUCAACCGCCGCCAACUUUGCUGGCUUCUUCUCAAAGCUGAUCAGCAUUCCGACACUCAGCCAUACCGUCGGGUCCGAUCUCCUGGCCACGCUCAAGACGAACUCUCCCACCUUGGAACAGAUCACACGGCAAUCCAAGCAUAGAUUGGCGUCUCUCUCAAUCAUUUCCUUCUUUGAGCAGAAGCCUAUGGGAUCCUCUUUGGUCGUGGAGCCCUUCUCUGCCAUUCUUGGCCUUCCGAACGAGCGGACAAUUUCAAUCAAUCAAGACCACUGCGACAUCGCAAGAGAGAUACUAUUGAUGGACUCGACGAAGCGGUGCUUGAUCGUGCUGGAUGCCCUUGACGAGUUAUCACCAACAGACGCCUUGGAUGUUUUCUCGAGAUUCCAGGGACUCCUCUCCAUACUGGACAGCCAGCACCCCGAGCACCAAAUCAAGAUCUUUGUCUCAACCCGGCUCAGGCUGUCAGAGCUGCGAGCGAGCUCCUUCACCCGCCUGGUCAGCAUGAAUGCCAAUCUCACCGGCCCUGGUCUUACCGAUUACGUCAAGAAUUGUGUGGAAUCUUUUAUGGUUGAAAACAAGAGCUUUGCUGCCUGCAUGAGCGACAGAACUUUGAAGCAAAUCACACAGAAGCUCGUCCGCGGCGCAGAUGGCAUGUUUCUGUGGGUGGUCGUUGUCUGGGAAGUCUUCAAGAAAGGAGUCUUGUGGAAUGACGCCUUGGUCCAACGAAAGCUCAGGGAAUUGGAUUCCACACCAGCAGGCAUCGACGCCAUGCUUGGAGACAUGGUGGCAAAGGUCGCGACAGAUCUCAAACCAGAGAUGUGGCACAUUUUCUCUGUUAUGGUGGUAGCACGACGGCCACUGACGGAGAUGGAGCUGAACAUACUACUAAGACUUGUUUUAUCCGAGGCCACGCCGAAGCAGAAUGAUGAGCUCGACUUAUUCCGGAACUUCGGUCAAACGAUCCAGAGCCAGUUUCCGGAAUUCAUUAUACUUGACAACGAUGGGACCUUCAAUUUCGUUCACCUCUCAUUCAACCAUUUUCUGCAGCGGCAUUGGUCUGAAAUAUACCCUGAUUGGUGGAACACGGCCCAUCAACGCAUGGCUCAGGCGUGUCUCGACUAUCUCAGAUUUGAAGACUUGGUGGCACAAGCACAAGCUGCUACUUCCAUUGACGAGGUGUUCUUCGAGUUUCCCCUGUUGGAUUAUGCGAUGAAAUUCAGUUUUGAUCAUCUUCAACAUACGGACGACAAGCAUGAUGGGUGGCUGGCAUAUGCGAAGAUGGGUCAGCCAAGCAGUAUCUUUGCCAAUCCACGAUUAGCUCCGAGAUUCCCACACAUCAGCCCCCUGAAUGCGGUCAUAUUCAUAGAAAGAUCUCCAGUACUUGUGCGCAGAUUUGCCCAGUCUGGUUACGAUUUGGACGACAAGUGGAACCCUGCUUCAGGCGAAUGGACGGCCUUUCAGCGCUGUGUCUUUGCGGCCAAGGAUCCUGGAAUGAUGGAGAUGGCCGAACUCUUGCUUGAGCUCGGCGCCAACCCGGACAAUCUCGGCAAUUCUGUCAUUGAGACUGCCCUGCAGACCACGAUUCGUGCGCGGAAAUGGGACUUGUUCGGAUUGCUGAUGAAGCACGACAGAACAGACCCCAACCGGCAAAACAUGAAGGGUGAAACCGCCCUUCACUUCUUAGUGCGCUAUGCCAGCGCAGAUGCACUUGCGAAAAGCCUUGCGAGUGAAACGCUUGACAUCAAUGCACAGGAUGUUCUAGGAUACACGCCAUUACACGUGGCAACGCACUUGCGUAGUCUGCAGAAGAUCAAAAUACUCCUUCAGACGCCUGGCAUCAAAAUUGACAUCGUCGACAAGAGGGGACGCACUCCGUUGGCGUCAGCUACUUACUGGGGUUAUGCGGAUGCUGCAAAGGUCCUCAUAGGACUCUCGACGGCAUCGCCGCUGCCUGACAGUGGGCACUUGAGCGCACUGAUCUGCGCAUUCGCCCUGGGGGACAAGAGACUGGCGGAAAUGAUGCUGGAUCAUAGCGGCCAUGUCGGUCUCAAGGCACAUCUCGAUCUGUCCGGCAAGAGCGUCUUGCACCACGCAGCACUCAACGACUGGGCUGGCAUUAUUCAGGAUUGCGUCUUUCGGGACUCGGACGGCGGCAUUCUGAACCACAUUGACCAUUCGGGCAGCACUGCACUUCACUACGCCGCCGCCAGGGGCAACACGCGCUGCGUCCAGGUGCUGAAGUCCCUCGGUGCUAGCUCCAUCAUCCAGGACCGCAAUGGCCGUACUGCGGCGCAGGCUGCCCUGGAUGCUGGUUUCAAAGACACAGUAAUUGCACUUCUCAACCACGGGGAUGUGGACGUCGACCAGGCAGACCACCAAGGGAGGAGCCUGAUGCACUGGGCGGCUUCCUUGGACUGUGUGGACGUCAUGGAGAUGGUGCUAGGCCAGUCCGACGCAGGGCUCUUUCGCAGGGACAACAUGAGCCUGCUCCCGGUCGACAUUGCCUUUCGCUGCUCGUGCGCCAGAGUUGGUCGCUACCUCACGGACAAGAUGAAAGUGCGGUUUCCAGCACAGGCAGCUGUAUGGACAGCACCGUACGACUGGAAUUCGAUGUACCAGAGUCCCGAGGUGACUACGAUUGAAGAGUACUGGACUACCGACAAUGACCUGCUCUCACGACAGGCCCAAAGACAGCGAAAUUCUAGAGAGGAAUGGGAGGCUCUUAGGCAGCAGUAUCCGGAGCAUCUGUGGGCAGUGGUUGUGAGACAGGAACCCAAGCCUGCUAAAGAUGACGACGUCGGCGGACACAUUCGCGGGUUAAAAAGCGUUCCAGCUGAGGCUCAGCGCCAGAAGCCAGGAGGUUCUGAGACCAAGACUCCGUCAGCAGCCCGGGGAGAGCCCAGACCUCCAAAGAAGGAGCGCCGUCAAGACACUACUCGGAAGAUGCAGCGAACUCCAGCUGUCGUACCAUGAGAGACGAGAGAGGACAUACGCGGCGGCGCCAUGUUUAGGUCUCUUCCCAACCCACAACAAACGGAGUACCUAUGUCCUUUUACCUCGGCCACAGGGCCUGCGGCGGAGAUAUUGGGAGUAGGCCAGCCGCGCAAGAAUUGGAAUUAUUGACAGUGAUGGAGGUACAUGAUGCAGAAUGCUUUUCUUACCGACCUUUUUGCCUCGAAAUAAGACUCUCCUGAAUUUGAUACACUUUUAAACACGAUGAAGUGCUCCC